GAUUGGGGAAUUUACGUGCAUUUAAAGUGCUUGUAAUGAAACAAAGAGCAAAUGUCCUACUCGCCAAACUAGCUGAACUGAAUCUCAUGGAAUCUCACUGUUUUAAAGUGAAUUUGGGAGGGAAGGAUUUUAAUACGGGUUGUUUCGGAGAUCUGAGCUCCAAUCUGGCAACCGCAUGCACUUCAAUCUCCGUGCACACCGCAUACACACCGCAUUUACGAGCAUUUCCAUCCCUGAAGGAGGAGCGGGUCUGACUCGGGAUAUGUCCCCAGUCCUGAUUUAUUUCAUCCAGGCUAAAAUGGGCAUUUGUGGCUUUGCGCUUUGUUUAGCAAUCACUACAUGUUUGUGGAGGGCGUCCAUUCAAGGAGAAGCCCAGAGGAGGCUGUAUCGAGACCUUAUGAAAGACUACAACCCUCUAGAGAGGCCUGUGUUUAAUGACACUCAGUCGCUCACCGUAAACUUCAGCUUCAGCUUGAUGCAGAUCAUGGAUGUGGAUGAGAAGAAUCAAGUUCUCACAACAAACAUAUGGCUACAGCUGUACUGGUUCGAUCAUUACCUUAAAUGGAACGUCUCAGAAUAUCCCGGAGUGACGAGCGUCCGAUUUCCUGAUAGCCAGAUUUGGAAACCUGACAUCUUGCUUUAUAACAGUGCUGACGAGCGAUUUGACGCUACCUUUCACACCAACGUGCUAGUCAGCUCCAACGGCGCCUGCCAGUACUUACCACCAGGUAUCUUUAAGAGUACGUGCCACAUCGACGUGCGGUGGUUUCCCUUCGAUGUCCAGCGGUGCGACCUGAAGUUCGGCUCGUGGACGUACGGAGGCUGGUCUCUGGACCUGCAAAUGAUUGAAGCUGACAUUACAGGGUAUAUAGCUAACGGAGAAUGGGAUCUUGUAGAGGUUCCAGGUCGCAGGAACGAAAGGUUCUACGACUGCUGCAAAGAACCGUACCCCGAUGUGACGUUCACGGUGGUGAUGCGCAGGCGGACGCUGUACUACGGUCUAAAUCUGCUCAUCCCCUGUGUCCUCAUCUCCACGUUGGCUCUGCUCGUCUUCCUCCUGCCUGCAGAUUCGGGCGAGAAGAUCUCCCUCGGAAUCACAGUUUUGCUCUCACUGACUGUCUUCAUGCUGCUGGUGGCUGAAAUCAUGCCUGCAACAUCCGACUCUGUGCCUUUAAUCGCCCAGUAUUUUGCCACUACCAUGGUUAUUGUUGGGUUGUCGGUGAUUGCUACAGUUUGGGUCCUACAGUACCACUACCAUGAUCCUGAUGGAGGAAAAAUGCCAAGAUGGACACGGGUGGUGCUGGUGAACUGGUGUGCAUGGUUCUUGCGGAUGAAAAGGCCGGGUGAGGAGCGAGUGCGCUCAGCGUGCCACAACAAACUUCCACGCAGCAGCAUCUCCAGCGUAGAACCGACCAACGGAAACGUUCUCUACAUGGGCCUGCGUGGUAUGGAGAGCCUGCCCUGUGCCACGUCACCCGACUCGGGGGUGGUGUGUGCCCGCCUCAUGGGUGCGUCCGAAGAGGCUCCGUCAGUGAGCAGUGGUCAGGGAGACACAGAGCUGUCCAAGAUCCUGGACGAGGUGCGUUAUAUUGCUAAGAGAUUCCAUGACCAGGAUGAAGAGGAGUCUUUGUGCAGCGAGUGGAAGUUUGCCGCCUCGGUUAUCGACCGCUUGUGUCUCAUGGCCUUUUCCAUGUUCACCGUCCUCUGCACCAUCGGCAUCCUCAUGUCAGCUCCUAAUUUCAUCGAAGCCAUUUCCAAAGACUUCUUCACUUAAACAGUGUGUCUGUGUGUGUCUGUGUGUGUAGCUUUACUGCAGCUUUUCAGAAUUUAUUGCAAGUCAGCUGAAAAUGAAAUGUACACAGUUUUUCAUUCAAUGAUUUAAAGCAGCAAAGACAUAGCUUCUCAUACUAAUUAAGCAAACUUUAGACCCCAAAAGACUUUAUUUCUACAUUUAUGGUCAGAACAGUCUUUUCAGGAUGAAUUGGAUUGCCAGAAAUAAUAAGAAUAUUUAAGGAAAUGACUAAAAAAUUAGCAUAAGUUAAAGAUCAGCAAACGUCUGGUCAACUACAUGACAAACUUAAUAAGGCCAAAAAACAUUAGAAAGAUAACCGACUAUCAUACAAGGAAAUGGAUGAAAAUCUUUCUCAUUAUCUGUGUUUUCAUCUUUAUUUUCUUGCUUUUGCGCACCUCGGAAGGAUCCAAACAGCCACAGGGGAUUUACUUGGUGAUAUUUUUCCUCACUGACGUAAAAGCCUAAGAGAAGUCGUUAUUUAAAGCAGUCACACUCUUGGUUACUGACGGCACAAAUAUGCAAAUAUGAAGGGUUUAGGAAUGUAACGUGAGAUACGUCAGGUUAUGAAGAGGUAGGAUUAAUUGUUAACCCUGGAUAAAGCAUUUUGAGAGCUGUGAGUAAUGUCAAACAAGAUAACACAGGAUUCUGUUAAUGUGGGGUUUACUAGGACCCAGGGGAAAUAUUUGAGUUUGGAAAGCCCUGAAUUUGACUUGGCUGAUUGAUGAUGUGUGGAAAUUUCAUUUCUUAGCUGAAGCCAGUGAUAAAGGGUGGAAAUGACUUGCAGUGCUAGCAAUUGUCUGGUGGUUUGAAGUUAAAACACAAUCAGUUAUUCUGAGUUUAUACGUGAAAGUGAAAUAAGUGUGUAACGUAUCCGUAACUGUUCAUAUUAUCGAUUAUAAUCGCAAUAACCUUCACUCAGUAGCUGGACUAUCCCUUUAUACACACUGAUUUAAAGAUUUGCAUUUCUUUAUGUUAGAAAUAAAUAAUUCAAGCAAUGUUUCAGUUUAUUUCCAUGCGUAGAGUGCACAGAGUGAUCAGUGAUGCGAUCUAAUUUUUCACCUUUUUAACCGUAACACUAGGAAAAGCAGAUAGGAGAAGUCAUCAUUAUUCUGUGUAGGUCUGAGAUUUCUUUCUUUUCUUUUUUUUUCCAAAUUGCCUUUAUGAUGUAGAGUGACAAAUAAAGAUAUUUU